CCUCUGACCUCAGCUGACCCCAGCUCAGUGAACAGGUGUACGCUGAAGAAUGAAACUGCUCUGCUGCUCGCUGCGCUCCGAGGAAACGCUUCCUGUGUCGAGUUCCUCCUGAAGCAUGGAGCCAACGUGAACACUGCCAACAAGCUCCGAGAGACGCCUCUGUUUGUGGCCUGUGAAAAUCCAAACGAAGAGGUUGUGGAGCUGCUGCUCAGGUACGGAGCUCAGGUGAACCUCAGCAGCAGUCAGGGUGAGAGUCCUCUGCAUGAAGCCUGCAGACUCGGCAGCCUGAUGAUCUGCAGGCGGCUGCUGGACGCCGGCGCCAACCUGAAGGCCAGGAACGUCUACCAGAUCCAGCCACUGUUCAGCGCCGCCCAGAACGGAAACACAGAAACACUGCAGCUGCUUGUUCAGAGAGGUGCAGAUGUAAACGCACAGGCAGGAGAUGGAGCUUCGCCGCUUUAUGAGGCCUGCAAAAACGGCCACUUCUCAGUUGUGCAGGCGCUGCUCACUCUGAAAGCUGACGCUAACCGAGCCACCAACUCCGGCUUGCUGCCUCUUCACGUGGCUGUGAGGAACAACCACAAACGAAUCGUACCCUUGCUGAUCCCGCUCACCAGCCGGGUCAGAAUCAGGACCUGUGGCAUCAGCCCCCUGCACAUCGCCGCAGACAGGAACAGGGACGAGAUCCUGGAGCUGCUGAUCGAGUCGGGCUUCGACGUCAAUGCUGAGCUGUCGGAGGAGCAUUCCCAGAUGUACGAGGACAGGCGGAGCACCGCCCUGUACUUCUCCGUCUCCAACGGAAACCUAGAAGCCGCCGAGACGCUGCUGGAAGCCGGAGCCAACCCCAACCUGGACAUUUUCAAUCCUCUGCUGAUCGCCGUCCGGCUCGGCUGGACCGACAUGGCAGAGCUGCUGGUGCGGUACGGCGCCGACGUCAACGCUCAGAUGUCCACGCAGCCGUCCUCGUUCCCGUCGGCCAUCCUGCUGGGCAUGGAGUCUCCGCCCAUCCUCAAGCUGCUGCUGGACAACGGCUGCGACGCCCGCCGCUGCUUCCGGUGUGAGUACAGCCUCCAACCGCAUCCGGCCGUCGCUCCGUCACGCCGUCCCAUUGAAGAACUGCAGGUGAACCAGCAUUCCCAGGCGCAGCGCUGCGUCCAGUACUGCGAGGCCAUCUCCAGCUCAUCUUUCUACCGGAUAUCCGGCCCCAUCAUCUCCAUGCUGCUGGACUACGUCGGCCAUGUCCGACUCUGCUCUCGACUUCUGGAGAUUCUGGAGAGUCGCAGCGAUUGGGUGUCCAUCAAACUGAAAGCUGCUCCUCCUCAUCCUCUGAUGCAGCUCUGCAGGCUGAAGAUCCGCUUCCUCCUCGGAGUUCAGGGACUCAAACUGAUCCACGCUCUGCCACUUCCUGUCCGACUCAUCCGCUUCCUUCGCUACGAUGUGUGCUGCUGACUCACCUGAAGUCAGCGGACACACCUGGACGAGGACACGCCUGUCCCUGGCUUCAUGCUUGGACCUGCUUAAUUCUGCUUAUGCACCCUGCUGAGGUACAGCAGCCAUGUUGGGACAUUUUUAGUGAAGACAGACUGCCAGGAAGCAGAACCGGGCCUGAAUUUAUCCGACCAGAUCCGUCAGAUAAAAUCUGAUGAUUCCAACAACGCUCCACGUUUCUGCCAGACUCUGGAGCUCAGGGCGGCCUGCAGCCCGGCUGACGGACAGAACCUCCAGAACCUCUCUGAUCCAGAGGUUUCUGGUAUGAAACAGUGGUUUGAUUUUGUUGGAGGUUGUUUUCUGAAGCGACACUAGGGGGCGCCAGAGAAGCUGUUUCAGUCUCUGCAGCAGAAACUUUUCAGACCUGAAGGAAAAAGUCAAUAAUUAAUCCGCUUCAUGUCUCUGACCGUAAAUGUUCUAAGCAUUUACAUAUCAAUAAAUAUUGAUUAUCUAUCA